GGAUGUGGAGCGGUUGUUUACAUGGAUGAUAUUAAUUUCACUCACAAAGGAUUUGUCUUUUGUGUUAAAGUUUGGAAUUAUAUCCAUAUAUCCGCAUCAAAUGUCCCAAUUAAACUUUACCACGCCAAAUGAAACUCGUUUAUAAAAUUUUCCUGUUUGGUCAAGGACAUUUUAAAUGGAGGUACCCCAUCAAAAAAAUUAUGUAUACAGCUCCUUACUGUUAAUGACAUUCAAAUCUUAAUAAUAAAUAAAAUAAUUCGAACAUCCUUCACGUAGUAUGCAAGCAAAGAAAGAGCUGUGUGAGCAAAAUUUUCUAUGGAAGAAUAAAUUAAUUAUUUAAUUAAGGUUGGCGACUUAUUAAAGUGGCAAGUUUUUGGUUACGGGUAUAUGUAUAUAUAUUAAAUUAAUUCUCAUUAAAAUCACUGUAAUCAAUAAUCGGUAUAUUUUUUUGUACUUCAUCCGAAUAGGAAAAUGUUAACAAAGGGAGAUAAUGUUUUUAGACAGGAUAAGAAUACAAUAAACCAAGUUGGAAAUACAUUCCAUUCAUUUUGGAGGUAAACCCGAUACUGUUUACUAAAUUAAUUCUUCAAAAAGCGUAUCUACAGUAUAUACAUAUAAAAAAAAAUAACACGAUAAAAAUGGCAACAGGAUAUCGGAACGGCAUUCCCACAACAUUUGAACCAAUGUGGAGACAUUGCGUGCAUCUUUCGAUGUAAAUCAGACAGAUCUACCACGUGUCAUCUGUAAACCCUCUUAAUAAAAUGCGUUCCUCAAACCGGUCCAGUGACUGCCUUCCCUACCUGUACCUAAGAGCAGGUGGAUGGUCCCGGCAAUCCUGCAUUGUCUGCCGCUUUUUCCAUUCAAAAACACAGACCAGUCAUACCAACCUAUGCGCAUGCGUCUAUUCAAACAUGACAAAGUUUUGUGCAGGAACUGAGAACAAAUGAAAGAGUAGAGAGAGAGUGAGUAUGUCACCGCUUCCAGGUAAAUAAUAAUGUGUUAAUUUGGCAAUCGUUCACUAUGAGUCGGUGUUACUCCGACUGUAGAGACUUAACAUGGUGGUCUCUUGGAAUUUAUUACUGAUGGAUUUAGCACAUGUUUUGUCGUAUAGUUGUUGGCAUGGCUAAGCACUUGUUAUUAAAAUUGUUUCUGUGUUUUCUGUUUUGGUCACCCUGUACGGCUCAAGAGAAUUGGUGCUACAGUGCCGGUGGAGUAGCUGGCAUUGUUAUCGCUACUGUCAUUGUCACUUUGGUGUUUAGUAGUUUGAGCUUGGCAGCUGCCUGGUAUUUUUCGAAACGGAGAAAAGUCUCCGCUCACAUCGUUCAAGGGGGUGAAGUUGUGCAAAAAAUCGGGACCAAACCGAAUUUUGCCUUCGAUAAUCCGUAUUUUAGAAACGAAGAUGAUGCGGCGUACGACACUCCCGACAAAGCGCACGACGGACAUUUUUCAAAUGUACCCAAUGGAAAGGCGAAUACCGGAAGCAAGGGCAAAAAGGCCAAAUCAUCGAAAUCUAAUCCCUUUACGUCCGUUUUUUACACGACCAAAAAGCAGAAAACUAUGGACGAUUCGUGUCUUACUAUGGAACCAGAAAGGACCGUAGUAUCCUUGAAAGGACACGAUUUUACCGGUCUUGGAUUUAAUAUUUGUGGUAAUAUGAGAGACGGAAUUUUUGUAAAAGAUGUAUUACAUCGUGGUCCUGCAAGUGAAUCAGGACAAAUUAAAGCUGGUGACAGGAUAAUUAGUGUAACUGUGUCCUUUUCAAAUAUGGUGUAUGAGGAUGCUCUUACCAUUUUGAGUUAUGCUUCUCCUUAUGAUGUGCGUUUGGAAUUAGAAUCUCCCAGAGAUAAGUCGUCCUCAAUUCAACAACAAAACAAUGCUAAGAGGUUAGCCUCCUCUAGUUUUAGUGGAGGAGGUCAUCGUCUUUUUCAUCCACUUUAUCGUAGCCAAUCCAUCGAUGAUCUAACACAAAUAGGAAAAGAUUCUUAUCCGGCUCAUGGUCUGGUACCAAAGCGAUCUCAAAGUAUGGGUAUUGCAGCCCAAAAACUUAAAUCUCAUUUUGAAGCCGAAACCAUUCCAGCUAAACCAGUACCGGUUACUGGUUCUUUAAAUGAAAGAAUGUUAGCUCAAGUUAUAAUCGAAGAUACGAAAAGGAGAAAAGAAUUGGGAAAUGGUAAUUCUGAAUCGGACGAAAUGGAUUCGAUUCAGUCUUUAAAUGGUAAACAUUUGGGAAUAAACGAUUCCUUUAGGGAAUCGUUGAAACUUGACGCCCACAUUUGUUCUUUAGCAGGAGAAAGUGCAGCUAUGAAACGAAGAACACCACAUACUCCGCCGCCAAAUUUGAUUCAAAGUAUCGUUUCUAUUGAAACUACUGCCCAAGUACAUCAAACUGAUGACAAGGAAUCUGCAGCAAGAAGUGCAGAAAGCCAGAAUUCAUUACAGGAGAAAUGCGAAUCAUCAAAAAGUAAUUUAGAUCUUACAGAAAAGAAAAGUUCACUGAAACAAAAAUCUAUAAACGAUAAAUCACAAAAAGAUGCCCAACGAGGUUAUAAUAGCAGUUGGAAUCAGUUAGAAAGGACUCAUUGUUCUGGUCGACACGGUGAAUCUCCGACGAUAUUAAAAGUGCAAGUAACAUCACGUCCUCCUGGAGAUACCGAACAGAGUAGAAUUUCAAGAAGCAACGGACUUGCAUCUACUUCCGUUCACGUUUCCGGCAUCCCUUCGGUCUCACGUCAACCGGAAAGAAAUCAAAAAGAAGUUAUUGAAAUUACAGAACGUGAAUUAGAUGAUGUCAUGAUGUCUCAUAGACAAUUUCUUUUACGAAAGGCCAAUGUUACUGGUUCUCCGGCUGGUUUAAAAAAACCAGCUGAAUUUGAAAGUUGGAAUUAUAUGGAAGAAGAAAAUAGAAAGCGAAUAAGUAGUUCUCCAAAACGUGGUUCUAGUGGAAGAUGGAAAAACUACGAAACUGGAGAAUAUAACACAAGAACUAAUGAUAACGGAUAUCCAAAUACUAUAGUGAUUCCUAGCAGUAGAUCGUCUUUUCGUGUGACGUCGCGUCCAGGCACACCACCCCCACAAUUAGAAUCGCCCACAAGCCCUAGUAUUGUUAGCCAUAUGCGGCUUUGAUAUAAAAAGAAAAACUAAAUACAUUAUGUACAUAGCUAAAUUCACGAUUCAUUUUAUUAAGUUUUUUUUUCGUAAUUCCAAAAUGUUUUCGUUACGUUUUUACAUUGUUAAAUAUAACGUUAUAUUUUUUAAUGCAUAUACAAAAUAAAGUUGCUGCUUUGUUUUAAAUACAAAAAACAAAAAUUUUAAAAGGUUAUCAAACAUUAAACUUACAUAGAAGUUUAUACAUCGCAUCACACAUUAAUUUUUGAUUGUAUCUGGUUAUACUUGCGUACAUAAAUCGAAACGAGCAUCUUAUUUGUUAAAAGAACCUAAGAAAAUCUAAAAAAUGUUAUUGAUAAUAUUGCAGAAAUUAUUCUGAGAUUUUGAAAAAUGUUUUUAUUGUAUUAACCUUGUGAGUUAAAUAGAAACGUGAUAAAUUUUAAAUGUGAUGAACAAUGAUCUAUUGUUAAAUUAUACAGCUACUUUACUUUUCAGCUGCAGAUUUUUUAU